AUGCUUUUGCUGGCGUCGAGCCAUGCCUUCACGUCGAGCAGCGACGCGGCGGCCGCAGCGCUGCGGCGCGCGCUGGCGAGCGACGCGUCGGCGAGCGCGUCGAGCGCCGAGGCCGCUGCCGAGGCCCUGCGGCAAGUCUCGGCGCCGCGCGUGUCGCGGCGCAACGCGCUGACGGGCGGCGCGCUCGCCGCGGCCGUCUCGGCCUUCGCGGACGUCGCGGUCGUCGACGCGUCCGGCGGCGCGACGGCGGGGGGCGCCUACCUUCUGCGCGCCAAGGAGCGCUACAACGCGCGGGUCGUCGCCGGCGCGAAGGCGUUCAAGGCCGCGGGCGACGACGCGACGCCGGCGCUCUUCGCCGAGGACGGGCCUCUCGCAGACCUCGAAGCCGCCGGCUUCCUCCUCGCCAACGCGUUCCGCAUCAACAGCACGCAGAACCCGGACAAGAUCCCGCAGGUCAAGCUCUUCAAGGCCUUCAAGGCCGACGCCGACGCCGUCGCCGCGGCGCUCAAGAAGAAGAAGAAGGCCGACGCCAAGGCCGGCAUGGAGAAGGCCCAGGCGAGCCUCGACGCGUACCUCGCGGGCGUCGGACUCUAG